ACUGCACCCGGACGGACGAUUCCUGGGCCUCCAGAAGUCCUGGGGAUGGACAACCAGACAUCCUUGAUAUCCGUCAAGGAUUCCUGCACGUACCAUGAGGAGUUCAAGCGGAUCCUUCUGCCGGUGGUCUACUCCAUCGUCCUGGUGUUGGGGUUUCCCUUGAACUUCGUGGUCAUCGUCCAGAUCUGGCUCUCCCGGAAGAUCCUCACUCGUACCAUGAUCUACAUGUUGAACCUGGCGGUGGCUGAUCUCCUCUACGUCUGCUCUCUCCCGCUGCUGAUCUACAACUACUCCCAGAAGGAUUACUGGCCCUUCGGCGACUUCACCUGCCGCUUCGUGCGCUUCCAGUUCUACACCAACCUCCACGGGAGCAUCCUUUUCCUCACCUGCAUUAGCCUCCAGCGCUACCUGGGCAUCUGCCACCCGCUCUCCACCUGGCACAAGAAAAGGGGGAAACGCUUCACCUGGGGCGUCUGCGCCCUGGUUUGGAUUGUGGUGACCGCCCAGUGCCUGCCCACUUUCCUCUACGCCUCCACCGGCAUCCAGAGGAACCGGACGGUGUGCUACGACCUGAGCACGCCGGAGAACUCCGCCGGGUACUUCCCGUACGGCAUCACCCUGACCGUCACGGGGUUCUUGAUCCCUUUCCUCGCCAUCUUGGUGUGUUACUGUUGCAUGACCAAGAUCCUGUGCCAGAAGGACGAGAUGAUCGGGCUGGCCGUCCGCAAGAAGAAGGACAAGGCCAUCCGGAUGAUUAUCAUCGUGGUCCUCGUCUUUGCCAUCAGCUUCUUCCCGUUCCACCUGACCAAGACCAUCUACCUGAUCGUCCGCUCGUUCCCCGAGGUGCACUGCCUCACCCGCCAGGCCUUUGCCAUCACCUACAAGUGCACCCGUCCCUUCGCCAGCAUGAACAGCGUCCUGGAUCCCAUCCUCUUCUACUUCACCCAGCGGAAGUUCCGGGAGAGCACGCGGCACUUACUGGAUAAAGUCAGCUCCAAGUGGAAGCACGAUUCGUGAUGACGGACGAAUCGGAUCUUCCCCCGAGGACAGGCGCGUGGUCUCCUCCCUUGGCAUCACCCCUACUUCUGCUCUUGGCCCCCCCGGGGCCCAACUGGCGGGAGAAAACAGCCUACCCGUGCACUGUAGGACCAGCUCUGGAGGCCAUGCCAAUCCUCGAGAAGGUCUCUUCUUGUGGAGAAGACGAACGAUACGGUGUAAAUACUAUCUUGGCCAUCUGCUCCUUUCAUCCAUAGGUUUUGGCUGGGAUAAUUCUUCAACUGUUGGAAGGUGGUUGAUUGGACCAACGGCUCGGGAGAUCUCCCGAUCUCCCAUUUGUGUGAAAAGAGACCAAGCAGGAAAAUUCUAAGCAGGAAUCGUGAAGUCUGCUUUUAUAAACCACGAGAAACGUCACCAUUGGGAGGAAAAUCCCAAGCUAAUAUUUGUAAUCAAUGGGGCAGAGAAUUUCCCAAUCACAUCCUUUCUAAGUGCAGACUUCUUUAAAAAAAAAAAGUAAUAUGGGAUUUUUACCCGGGAAUAAACUAAAUAUUGACAUUCUGGUGAAUGACGAAAAGUGCCAAUGGCGCCAUUUUUAAUUUAAUAUAUGUACAGUUAAGGACCUACUGUGAUACAUUUUUUUGGUGGAACAACAGUCUUGGAAGGGACCUUGGAAGGUUUUCUAGUCCAACCCCCUGCUGAAGCAGGGAACUUUAUAGCAUUCCGGUCAAAUAAUUUUUCCAGACUCUUCUUAAAAACCCGCAGUGUCGGAGCACCCACAACUUCAUGAGGCAAGCUGUUCCACUGGUUAAUUGUUCUCCCCGUCGGGAAAUUUCUCCUUAGUUCCAGGUUGAAUCUCUCCUUCUUUAGUCUCCAUCGUUCUGUGGAUUGACUAGAGACGUUGGCAUCAAUGUAUGGAAAGAUUAAAAGCGUGGUGGCCUUCUUACCCAGCUAAGAAGAAAUUGCAGCUGUUCAAACACUCCAGUCUUUAGUUAUGGGGGCUGGGGGCUUGAGAAGGCAUGGGGGGGGGGCACCUGUUAGGAUCCAAAACUAUGUAUCUCCCUUGCACCACAGUUCUCCGUCCUCUGUGCAUCCUGGAAUAUCUUCCCUGGAUAAAUCCGGCACCAGAAAAAAGGAUUUUGACUAAGAAAAAUGGUAUUUAUGCACUUAAGUUUGAAAAGUGGACUUGGAAGCAGAGUUGGGAAUUCCCCUAAUUUCUCCCCCCUCCCCCUUUUUUUAUCUUAAUCUCUUGAUUCCAACAAAUUGUGCGUUGAGGUUUUAUCGUACGCGGGGGGUCCUUGACUUACAACCGUUAGUGACUGUUCAAAGUUACGACGGCAUGGAAAGCAGUGACUUGUGGCUAUUUUUUUCACCGCCACAACUCUUGCAGCAUCCCCAGGGUCACGUGAUCAAAAUGCGGACGCUUGCCAACUGGUUCAUCUUUACGACGGUCGCAACGUCUCCCUGGGGUCACGCAGUCCCCUUUUUGUAACCUUCCGACAAGCCAGGUUCACUUAACGACUUAAGAAGUGCAGGGAUUCACGGAACAAAUCUGGCAAGAGAGGGUUGCAAAAUCUGCUUAACCCCCUGUCUCGCUGAGCGACGGAAAUGUUGGGCGCCGUAACGUGAGGACUACCCCAUGCAAUAAUUAAUGUGUACAUGGAAUAUUCCUUGGAGGUUUUGGAUGAUUUAUGUUUUGCCUCCACUUCUGAGCCUCUUUGCUUUGGAAAUAUGUAAAAUAAACCGAAAGGGUCUGAAAAUAAACUGCAGAAGGAUCUUGGCGGCUCAGAGCUUCGCGCAUGAAUCCAGCCCGGUCACGGAUGGCCCUCGGUGGGCUCGGGGCCGGGUUCAAGGGGCUUCCAAAACAACGUCGUCUCCAAAACGCCAUCCCUGACUGCAGGUUUGGGAUUCGGGAACUGAAAGAAAAGAAGGGAAAUCUGACCCGAUAAAAUUGUAUUUAAUGACUGGCAUCCCUUAAACGAAGCAUAAAGUGGUUGUAUUUUGGGCAGUGAAAUGGCAGCUAUUUUUCAGUUCAGCCUAAACAGUCACGUCAGUUGGAAAUUUGUUCCUAGAGUUCAGUAGAGGGGAGAGGGGAGCCAGGAAGAGGCUUUUUUAAGGAAAGCAACUGAUUGCACUGAUGCUGUUAUCUAGUUGGGUUGCGAAAUGUCUGCAAGGAAACCACCAAGAUCAGAGAGCAGCAAGGACCCUACAGUCCUCCUCCUCCU